AAAAAAAAAAGAAAAGAAAAAAAAAAGAUAAAAUAAGUCAUACUUAAAACUUUUCAUCUAGUCUAAAACAAUCACACUUGUUUCAUGAAGAGCUUUUGAAAAUCCCUGGCGCAAGUAUCUUGGUUAAUAAAAUGAAUUUGGAAAUUCGAUCUUCAACAGUUAGUAAAGGUGAAAUAGUGAAAUAUAUUAAAGAAGAACAAAAGCCAGAAUUUAUUAUGUGUGUUGGCGAUGAUCAUACAGAUGAGGAUAUGUUUAAUGCUCUUGCAAACGAUGAAAGGGCUUUUUGUAUUUAUGUUGGUCCUUUGCCCAAAGAAACAUUAGCAAAAUAUAAUGUUGGAUACUGUGAAGAUGUAGUGAAUAUUAUUGGCCAAUUAGCUUCUAAAAAUUGUACUUUAUAAAUGUAGAAAAAAGAAAUUAAUAUAGAUAUGCGCAAUACAUAGUAGCUCUGUACAGCUCUUCUUUCCAUACUCAUAUAUAUAUAAUUAAAUUGUCUUCAUCAAUAAAAUGAAUACAUGGAAUCAUAUACGCGGCAUCAGUUUAUUUAUUCAAAAUAUGUAAAUAAUAGAGUCAAUCUAUGAUAAUAAAUAAUACAUUUUUUUUUUUUUUUUU